AUACGCGUCGUCUGAUAGGCUGGCGCCUACCCGGAAGUCGCGGUCGUUAAUAGUUGCCAAAGUUAAGAUGGUGAGCUGGUAAUAUUCAUCCAUUCAGGCUUAAAGUUCUCGACAGUAAAAUACGACCCGAAUUCGUGUCGCCGACUAUAACAUUGCUUGGAUGGACGGCGGGGAAGAGGUGCGGGUGAAGGCGUCCCCUUACUGCUGGUCUGCUCGCGAUGGAGGGAACCUCACCGGACCCCGCCUGGGCCGGCGCAACAAGAAGUCCCGCAGUCUGAGCACUUCCUCAGCCAGCAGCUCCUCUGACUACAGGAGGACCCAGUCGCUACAUGGACCAAGCCCUGUGACUACAUUUGGUCCAAAGGCAUGCAUGGUACAGAAUCCACACGCAGUCAUGCACAUUCAGGACCCCGCCACCCAGCGGCUAACGUGGAACACCCCUCCCAAGAGUGUCCUCGUAAUUAAGAAGAUCCGAGACGCCACCUUGCUUCAGCCUUUCAAGGAGCUCUGCAUUUUCCUCACUGAGGUCAAAAACAUGAUUGUUUAUGUGGAGAAGAAGGUCCUGGAGGACCCGGCCAUUUCUGGCGAUGACAACUUUGGGACUCUUACCAAGAAGUUCUGCACUUUCAGAGAAGAUCUUGAUGACAUAUCCAACCGUGUGGACUUCAUCAUCUGUCUCGGCGGAGAUGGAACUUUGCUGUAUGCGUCUUCGCUCUUCCAGGAGAGCGUUCCGCCAGUGAUGGCCUUCCAUUUGGGCUCUCUCGGCUUCCUGACGCCUUUCAAGUUUGAUACCUAUCAGUCUCAGGUCUCCCAAAUUAUUGAAGGUGAUGCAGCCAUUGUACUGCGCAGUCGCUUGAAAGUGUGUGUGCACCGCGAGAGGGAAAAGGGUGUCAUUCUGACCAAUGGCGAAGUGGACAGGAAAGCCACAAACUAUCAGGUUCUGAAUGAGGUGGUGGUGGACAGAGGGCCUUCUUCCUACCUUUCUAACGUGGACCUCUUCUUGGACGGGCACCUUAUCACCACAGUGCAGGGGGAUGGCGUGAUUGUGUCCACGCCCACUGGCAGUACAGCAUACGCAGUGGCCGCAGGAGCCUCCAUGAUACACCCCAACGUGCCGGCCAUCAUGAUUACGCCCAUCUGCCCUCACUCCCUUUCAUUCAGACCCAUCGUGGUGCCAGCCGGAGUUGAGUUGAAGAUCAUGCUGUCACGUGACGCCAGAAACACGGCGUGGGUGUCGUUCGACGGGCGACGCCGACAGGAGAUCUGUCACGGAGACAGUAUUGCCAUCACAACUUCCUGCUUCCCCGUUCCUUGCAUCUGCUUCCACAACCCUGUCAACGACUGGUUCGAGAGCCUGGCCCAGUGUUUGCACUGGAACGUGAGGAAGAAGCAGAACUACCUCAGCCUGGAGGAGGACGAGUUCUGAGGCGCUUGGUCUUUAUUUUGCCGUCACCUUGCUCUUUCUAACAUUCCCGUUUUUUUUUUUUAAUGGUUGAAGGCCUCGAGGGCCGUUGGGAAAAACUUCUUACGGAGAAAACCAGCACCGUUUUUUUUUUUUGGGGGGGGGGGUUGUAUCGCAUCAGAAUGGGACAGCAGAAGUUUGAGAAAUGAAAAAGAUGUUCGUCUAAAAAAAAAAAAAAUUCAAAUGGACUACGGCUCACAGUUGGUGCUGGAUCAUCCUUUUAUUUCUUUGUCAUCCCAAGGCGUUAAAUCAACAUUUUUGGGGUGUCCCUGCGCAAACGUGCCCCACUUCAAAGGUUUAUUAUCAUAAUACUACACCGACGGGGUGUCGUCUGAUCGGUUUAUUUGUUUUUACCACCCGUACGUUCCUUUUUUCUUUCGAGGUGAGGGUGUUGCACUUUAGUGGCCAAAUCUCGUGUUGUCGCAUCUUUGUGAAUUUGCGUAAAGAAAGCGAGUCAACAUCGCAACGUGUGCCUUACGUUAACGUCGACCAUUGACACUGGAAUGAGUUGGGGGGGGCGGGGGGGGGAGUACUUUUCCAGUUUUACACCACGGCUGCUUUAUUUUUAAAAACAAAUGCAUCAAUCUGUCUAUUUUCACAGUAGCCAUUCCCACGUCCGUAGUUUGUUACUCACGUGCAGCCUAUAUAUUUUUUAAUGAUAAAUACAGGUUGUUGUUGUUUCUUAUUGUGAAGACUCCCAAGCCAUAGUGAAAGCAGCCAUGUGGCCUAACCUGACGCUAUCUCGUCGCCGCGGCAAAAAUUCCGAGUGAAUAUGUUGCAUUGGAAGGAAAAGAUGAGCAAAGAGGACCAAUUGAGCUCUUAAACGCAAUGUACUGUAUAUAUGUGCCGCUUUAAUAUGUAUUUUUUAAAAAAAAAAAAAAAAAAACGUUUUAUU